UUUUGUUGCAUGCAUCGCGUGUUUGAUGCCCAGAGACGGUCACUCCUGGUGCGUAACGAAAAAAUGACUUCUGCAGUCGCGCUGACGGGAUUCAGAAUUGGCCCUUUGUAUUUCUUUGACCAGCCAACAAAACGAAAUCGGAUUAAAGGAACACGAAGCAGCAUUUUGCAUUUUAAUUUGCCAAAUGAAGGAGCGCAGUCAGAAGACACAACUCAAAGUAUUGGAGAGAAUGACAACCCAGAAGGUACACGUGAUGAGCUCACUCCGAGGCUGCCAGGUGAAACAUGUGGAGAUGUUAAACCUGAUACCUCCUCUGCUGUCGGUGCUGCACUCAACAUAAAGGACCACGAUCCAGUGGAGGCAUACAAGAGAGCUGCACCUCAGUUAUUAAACGAAGUGGCUCGACUACUUUCUCAACAUAAGUGGACUGAGGAGGGGCGUAUUCCUCAUGGGAUUGUUAAUAUUCUGAAUUACUCCUGGAGAGAUCUGGCUGCGGGGUCGGUGCACUUAAAGAGCCAAGAAGAGGCUGGCACACGACGAAAGACGCCCAGAGGUUCAGUGAAUUUGGAUGAAGGUUCAUCCCGUCAGGUGUCCCCCAAAGACAAAAGGGAGGCAGAAGAGAGAAACUCGUGUGUUGUGGGAAAUGCUGGUCCCUCUGUGAGAAAACCACAAGUCAGCUCAAACCCACGCGUGAAAAAGCGAAAACACUCUUCAAAUAGAGCUCAAAACUCCACCACCGGCAGUUUCUCCAUGUCAUCCAACAGCUGCAGUAAUCCCGGUUGGAUCAUCCAGCCAAAGCAGCCCUCCUGUGAUGAGCCUCAGCAGAUCAGUUUGUGUCAGUGGGUGGUGAAGCGACUCCAGGCGGCAAGAAGUCCAGAAAAACUGCAAACAACUGUACAGGACCUGAGCAAGCCCCUAUUGCUCCGUCACUAUGGUGAUGCAAAGGCCAAACUGAAAGACAGGAGAGCGAGGAGAAGGGCCCAACCUGCCACUUUAGUGAAUGGGAUGCCCCGGAUACCUGAAGUGGAGCAGCAGGAUCCAGAACGGCAGAAACUACACUACAGGAUGAAAGACGGCUCCUCGUUCAUAUACUACCCGUCUGGCUGUAUCGCAGUAUGCGCGAGCCACUCAGGUCUGCCCUGCGGAGGCCUCUACACCAACGUGUUCAGUGACGGCGAGUGUCCCGUUAUUCUGGCGACUAUCACGGCGUCUGGGCACGGGGCCGUGACACAUCCUCUCAGCUCUACCAUUACAGCAGUGUGGGACCAGGCCGGUGGAUUCCUAUGUGACCAUCAUGGGAACAUAACUAAGGAAUGGAGCUGGCAGACAGACCGCACACUGAGGGAGAAUAUUGUUAUACAGUUGUCAGAUGUAAUCUCUGUGAGGCUGCUCAGUGGAACGUCUGCCAUGCUCAGCUUCAGGUGUAACAACGAAAGCGUUCAACUUCCUUUUUCGGCUCUGACCAACAUUAACCAAUCACAGGAAACGACUGAAGCAAAGUUUACCUCUGAUUCUGCUCAAGACUUGCUGUUGAGGAAGUCAAAAUCCUCUGCUGUGGUACUAGAGAGCAAGAGGAACCUGUUCCUGACACCCAUGGUCAGAGAGGUGGAGGGGCUGGAGGAGCCGUCAGCACAGUGGAGGAGAAGAGGGCAUGUUGGCAGGGAGCUGAAGAUGCUUCAGCAGAGAGUCAGAAGCAUCCUGGACGGCUGGCUGGAUUAUUACCAAGUGGCCAUCGGUAUCAAGUGUCCUGACACGGAGCGGAUGUCAGUUGCCCCACUGAGGACCAGGCUGAGGAGAGAGGUACUGUCAACCGCUCUGCCCUCCCUGCACCCACCUGAGCGGGCAGAUGCUGAGCCAGUCCGGCCUGAGAGGGGAAGAAAUGAGUUACGUGAGCUACACAGACAUCCGUCAACAGUGGAAGGACCUCGGGACUCCUACGUCAAGCUGCCAAGGUCAGUGAUUCUUCAAAACAGCGCAGAUUUGCAGCCCUCUGCUGUCACCCGCUGUGCAGCCCCGCCGUCGGUCACGCCCACCACCCCCUCCACCCCCCUCACAGCGUGCCCUGCUCUGCUGAGAGCUGCCCUGCUGGGGGAGGGAGGGCGCAGGCGGUGCUGCUGCAGCGCUAAACUGAUGCCAGUGAUCACGGACCUGGAGUACGAUGCCUUCAUUAUGGGCCAGCCUCCACACAGUCAACAGAUCCUGGUGGUGUGCGUGACUCCGCCCCUCCGACCCGUCAACACACGAACGGUAUCCGACCAGGACGUGCUGGAGCAGCUUUACAGGAGGAGGAACAAGCACAGGAGCAUGCCCUGUACUCAGUGCCAGAUGGAUUCAUUUCGCCUGGUGAGGUAUGAGAUGUCAACCGGAGAGCCCAGCUGUGGAGGGGAGAACAUGCUGCUGCAGCAGCGGCACAACGCUGCUCCUGGAAUGGUCCUGAUGUACAUCAGAGGGAAGCUGCUGUUUGUGGGCCACAUAUUCAGUGGUCACAGCUGCUCUGUCAGGGACCUUCAAAAGCAAAUCUCCAGAACCAGGGGAGACUACAGAUUAGGUCUAAGCCUCUCUUCAGACUACAAGUACAGUGAUACAGUUAAUAAACCUGCAGCAACAGAUGCAAACAACUCACAGGAUGCAACACUAAAAAAAGGAGAUGACACAACACGGACUGCUUCAGUGGAAAAAGAAAAGACCAAUGAAAGAAAUAACUAUCAACUUCCUGGUGUAUCACGACAACGACGAAGAGACUUUUGUAUCAAACCACACAAGACUCCAGCACUCACAUCUGCUGUUAUCACGCACUGAAUAUGCUCCAGGGACGGGGUUAUGACCAUAUCGGUCCACUUAUAGUGAUUAAAAAGUCUCCAAACUGCAUCAACUGUGGAUUCAUGCUUUUAAGUUAAUGUGCAAUCAAACUCCAAAUACCUCUUUUGCUUACAAUCUAACUUGGAGUCAAUGAUUAGUCUCAUUUGCUCCUGACAGGCAAAAUGUUUUUCAACUUUUACAACUCUUGGAGGCAUUGGGGCUAAAGAUCUGUAAUCAAAGAUAAUCAGUGAAAGCUGAUGUUUCAGUUUGCUUUUCAUCAAUGGGAAACAUCUGUAUUUAUUGUAAUAUUUUAAGAGCAGAUUUAAUAA